AUGAUCGGAAGGAUCAUACUCUUUCAAUUUACCAUAUUUGUGUCGGUACUCUUGGCGGCCUCUGUGUCUGCACAGACUCCAGUAACAGAGCUGCCAAAUAAUAUAACGAUUUCAGACUCCAUUAUAGGAUCCAUAGGAGAUGCAACAUCAGGAUCUGGAUAUCUGAUUCUAACUCAACCUAACAUUCAAAGAAAACCAACACCGUUGUACGGUAUCGGCAAUAAGGUUGAAUUUGUCUGGAAAUAUGCUGAUGGUCUUGCCAUCAUACCUAAAUCUUUGACGUUUGCAAUCAUCAGCCCGUUGAAAGAGCAAUUUAUCAUUGGAGAAAAUAUCCCUGGGGAUUCGAAAAAUUUCGUAUGGGACACAGAGCUCUUUGAAAGUGAUCCUUUACAGCCUAGGUUACUGACUGGCAAGUACAUCGUCCGCAUUUGGGACGAGCGUGGCCCAGAUGCUCCAGCUGCAGUAGGACGUUUGGUUCCAUAUCGUCAACUCGCAUUUUCAAUGUAUUCCAAACAAGCAUACCAGGAUAUGGAUAGUAAGUUGGACUAG